UUUACAUAUGAUACUGUUGUGAAAUGGAGCGAAAUCGAAUUUAAUGCCCGAGUAAGCUAGAUCUAUUAGAAUAAAAAUGUCCUCUAAAGCUGGAAGAAAUGAAGAGGAGGACAUAAAUAAAUAUUUUUCAAAGACAACAGAGCUUGUCAAGUAUGGAUGGGGAGAUAUGUCACUUAGAGCCUAUCAAGUAGCUGGGGUCAACUGGAUUAUUGACAGAGUCAGCAAUGGACAAGGCUGCAUUCUUGGGGAUGAAAUGGGCCUGGGAAAGACAUGCCAGACGAUUGCUGUUCUGACUUACAUUCAUGGAAAGUCUGCAUCACGACACCCUCAUCUUGUUGUCUGCCCUAGAUCAGUACUGGAAAACUGGCAGCAAGAAUUCAAAAGGUUUGCCCCUGGCUUGAAAACUCAGAUAUUUAUUGGAGAGAAGGAGCAACGCCAGGAACUUGCAGCAAAAAUCACGAAAGAAAGACGCAAGGGUCACAUUGAGUUUGAUGUACUCAUCACCACAUAUGAGAUCUGCCUGAAGGAUUCUACAUUUCUCCACUCUCUUGAAUGGAACGUUUUGGUGGUAGACGAAGCCCACAGGCUCAAGAACCUUAACUCUCUACUGUACAAGACUCUCUCAGAGUGGGACUUCACCACGAGUGUCCUGCUCACUGGGACCCCGGUGCAGAACAAUCUCCGUGAACUCUAUGCACUGCUCAGCUUCAUAGCGCCCAAGAAAUUCCCGCCCUCUGACCACGAGGAUUUUGAGGAUCGGUUUUCAAAAGUUGAAAAAUCUGCAUCUGUGUUACACAAGCUUCUGAAGCCGUACCUACUGCUGCGUCGCAAGAACGAGGUGCUAAAGGACCUGCCUAACAAAUCCCAGGUUGUUCUUACCCAUGGGAUCUCCAAGCUCCAGGUCAAACUCUACAAAGCGAUUCUCACCAAGGAUGUCGGAGUGUUUGAGAGCAGCACGGCUCCAGGCAGACAAACCACCAGCCUUAUGAAUAUUCUGAUGCAGCUGAGGAAGUGUGUUAAUCACCCAUACCUCUUUGAUGGUGUUGAGCCGGAGCCAUUUGCCCUUGGAGAGCACCUGGUAGAGGCAAGUGAGAAGCUGGUGGUGAUAGACAAGCUGCUGAAGCACCUGAAGGCUACAGGACACAAGGUGCUCAUGUUCUCCCAGAUGGUCCGCAUGCUGGACAUACUGCAGGACUAUCUGGGAUAUCGAGGUUACUCCUAUGAGCGGCUGGACGGGUCAGUCAGGGGUGAAGAGAGGUACCUGGCUGUACAGAGUUUUAACACCAACGAGGACACCUUUGUGUUCCUCCUCAGCACUAAGGCAGGCGGUCAGGGUAUCAACCUGACCAGCGCUGACACGGUCAUCUUUGUGGACAGCGAUUUUAACCCACAAAACGACCUGCAGGCAGCUGCACGAGCCCAUCGGAUAGGACAGACAAGGCCUGUGAAGAUCAUUCGCCUAGUGAGCAAGAACACAGUUGAGGAGAUAAUACUGAAUAGAGCAGAGGAGAAACUGAAACUGACAAGUACUGUUAUCAAGGAGGGGGAGUUCUCACUGGGGGCGGGAAAACAGGCACUCUUCACUGACAAUAAAGUGAAGUUGCUGGAUAUCCUGAAGUAUGGUGUUGAUGAGCUGUUUGGUGAAGGGGGUAAUGAAGAGGUCAAGUUAGACUUGAAGGCGAUCCUUGGUCCCACGUCCUCAGGGGAGUGGCAGCCAGAGGAGGGACCCACCUCACAGGAGGAGGAGGAGGAUGAGGGAAUACUAGAGGAUGCACCCCAGAGCAUGUACGUGUUUGAGGGAACCGACUACAAAAUCCAGGAACCUUCAGACGCUGAUAAGGAUGCUUUUGAGAGGCUUAUUGAAACAGGUAAAGAGGAGUUACAAAGCAACCUUCUGGAAGACCGCCCAUCCAGGAACAAACGUCAGCCCUCUGUGUUCAUGGGGGGACUGCCAGAAGUUUCCAGGCAGCCACGCAGGAAACUGACACCAGAAGAGCUUGCUGAAAGGAAGAAAAAGCGCGAAGAGGCCACUAAACGUAGGGCUAAGGAGGUAGAGGAGCAGGAAAUGAGGAGAGCACAGGCCAUGAGGAAGAAACGAGAUGAAUUAUGGAAAACAAAUGGCUAUAAAUCGUGCAAUGUUGAGUUGGAAGAAAGUGAAGACGAAGAAGAUGAAGAAGAUAUGGAUGCAUUUGAUGAUGAUGCUGAUGAUGAUGGAAAUAGCAGAAAAGACAUAUUGUAUGUCAGUGGAGACGUGACUCAACCAAAACCAACAAACUGUCAUAACAACAUAAUUGUGCACUGUGCAGAUGAUUCUGGUGGGUGGGGGAAGGGUGGCAUAUUUACUGCCAUUUCAUCUCGAAGUACAAUACCUGAGGAGCAGUAUGAACUGGCCGGGCAGAUGAAGGACCUGGCCCUGGGUGAUUGUCAUGUGAUUUCGUUGGAUAAAGAAGGAAGCUCUGCAGAACAUAGCUGGGUAGCGUUGAUCAUCGCUCAGCACCGUGAUAAGCAUGGCCGCCUGUCAGGUAUCAAGCUGCCAGCACUCAGGGAGGGCUUAGAGAAGGUCCACAGAAAGGCACAGGAGUUGAAAGCGUCUGUCCAUCUGCCUCGAAUUGGCCACGAUACUCCCGCCUUCAACUGGUACGGGACGGAGAAGCUGAUCAAGAAACACCUUGCAUCAAAGGGAAUACCGACCUAUAUAUACUACUACCCACGGAAACACCUUAAGCGCAAAGAAAACGGUGAUGGAAAUGCUUCAAAAGUAAAAGUAAGCCGCCUGUCAAAUAACAGCGAUGAUAUCAGACCUUCUUCGAGUGGUUGUUCUAGCAAACCCAGUAAGGACGAUUCUGGGCUACUGAAUAUCUUCACGGGAUGUGUGGUUUAUAUUCAUAAGGAUUCACUCUUAGAGGACCAGUACAAACAUUACAGACGCUAUGUUGUUGCAUUUGACGGCGAUAUUACGGCUAGUGUCACCAAGGAGACAACGCACGUGGUUGUCUCGCAAACUAGCGUUAUGAAGACAUCACUCGAUAUGGACGAAGAUCUGAAAGCUGUUGUUGUAUCCACAGAUUGGUUGGACGAUUGCUUAAAAUUCAGGAAACUACUCAAAACUGAAAAUUAUGAAAUGUUCUGAUUAUAGAACUUAACAUAUGUCUUAAAAAUUCAGCCCAAUUUUGGGAAAACAGUUCUUAAUGCAUUUUCGCAAAGUGUAAUCCCAGAUUGGACUAUGUUGUCCGCUUUAAUGGACUUUUUUUGUUUAAAUGAGUCUCUUCUGAAAAGUCAACUUUAGGCUAAAAGAGUAGUCCCUGAUGAUAAAAUGUGUUGAUAUUGAUUUGCAAUUACUAAGUAGUAUACAAUAGAAAUAUGAUUGUUAAGUUUCUGUCACUAUAAGCAACGCAGCAACUGUGUUGAAAUCGGCACAUAUAUAUUGUUAUGUUUGCAAGAAAUUUCUUGUCUGCUGUUUUUUUUUGCAUAAUGCAUGUUGAAAAUGAAACUUGUUAAUAAUUAAUCAAGUUGUUGCACUAGUUGUAUGUUACGUUCAUCUUUAUGGCAUAUGUGAUGUAUCUAUCUGUAUGCGCAUAAUUUUAUUCAGCGCUUUUAUUUAAUAAUUUCUUAUUAAACUAUUGUCAAAGUUAAAUUGUUAAACUUAUUUCAUGCACAAAUGUGUGGCACAUUUUUGUACAUGGACAUUGUAUACAUUUUAUUUUUGCAGUCGAUGUAAUAGUGUGCAAAUGUCUAUAACCAAUGUUUUGCUCGUUUUGUUAGUUAAGUUGAAGAAAAUACUCUAGCAACUGUAAGUUAUAUGUUGUAGUGUUUUAAAAGCUGACAUAAAAAUUAUGGUUGAUGUAUACAAGCACCUUGCAUUGUAUUCAUGUAGAUUUUUGUGUUAUUGAACAGUGUUAUGUUUUAUUUCAAUUGUUCGAUAUUAUGAAUCCAUUUUUAAUAGACUAUGUAAAAUAUUUUUUUACGUUUAUUUAUUUCUUAUUUAAUAAAUUUAUGACUUCCUC